AGCUUAACCCAACCUCGCAGCGAGACAACUCACCCAGGCAGCAACACCCCGAAUAAUCAUCCACGAAGAAUAACACUCACGAAGAGCCCUGAGUGACGAGCACACGAGAUACCCAUUACUUUCACCUUUCUUCCUGAGGCCAUGGACCUCCAAUCGACUGCCCUUCACACUAUCUGCUCUCUGAGCUCCACCGUGCUGCGGGUAGCUGCCUACAUAUUUCUGCGUUGGAUACCGGGCCAUGGCUUUCCUCCUGCAAUCUUCACAGCCUUCGGUAUCUACGUGUCUGUGUUCGCUAUUCUCUACCUAUCCAAGUCCGCGUACAAGGUCACUGCCACUGCGAAGACGGUAACCGUCACGCAACCAGAUGAUGUUGAAGUGACCGACGACGGUGAAACCACCGCCCUCCUCAUCAAGCCACCGCCUUCUAUUGAAGCUACCGAGACGAUAAUCUACAAACGCAAAGAUCCCCACCCCGUACGCACGCUCCUCUUCGGGCUUCCCUCCCCGUCCAACGGAAAGCUAUCGCUGGUAACUUUCGGCAUCAACGCGCUCCUCGCACUCGCGUCGUGGGAUUUGACGUUCCGCUCGCACCUCUUUCACCCUCAACAGGAUCUUUCGUUCUCGCGCAUCGGCUACGUUGGCCCCAACUCGGCCAAGUUGCUCGUCCGCGAGCCUCGCUUUGAGAAUUGGCCGUUGACGGUUUGGUAUGCGCCAGAAGAGCCGGCAGUUAAGCGCACGCAUCUGGUUGAUGUGAUCCCGUCGUUUUCCAACGAGACGGACUUCACCAAGGCUGUUGCUAUCCGCAAGCUGCAGCCUGAGACGAAAUAUCGCUAUUUCACGUCUUCGAACCAAACUGGCACUUUCACCACUGCGCCGAAGCUCGGAGAGCCUCCUAAGAAUGGAAAGUUCACUUUCUUGAGCUCAUCUUGCAUCAAGCCGCGCUUUCCCUAUUCGCCAUUCCAUCAUCCACUGUCCAUCAAUGGCUUCAAAGUCCUCGGCAAAUUGGUGGACGAGCUGCAAGCUAGCUUUAUGCUUUUCCUUGGUGACUUUAUCUACAUUGAUGUCCCUAGAAGACCGGGAACUGAUGUUGAGUCCUACCGUCAACACUACCGCCAAGUUUACGGCUCCCCAGAUUGGGGUACCGUAGGCGACCAUCUCCCAUGGAUCCACGUGAUCGAUGACCACGAGAUUGCAAACGACUGGGACCAGGGAACAGCUGGGGUCUUCAACGCCGCCAUGGACCCCUUCCUCCACUACCAACACGCCGUUAACCCUCCGGCUGUUCGCCAAGGUGGCGAGACUUACUACUCGUUCACUUGGGGUUCUUCAGCCAGCUUCUUCAUGAUUGACACUCGUACCUAUAGAGAUCCAAACCAUCUUCCUGAUGGCCCCGAGAAGUCCAUGCUGGGCGCCACACAACGGCAGGACCUCAUAAACUGGCUUACAAAAGACGACGGCGGCGCUGAUCACGGCCACGGCGAGGAAGUUCAGUGGAAAUUCAUCAUCUCCUCAGUCCCCUUCACCAAGAAUUGGCACUUUGGCGAAAAUGAUACUUGGGCUGGAUACCUCUGGGAGCGCCAGCAGAUCCUUGAGGCAGCCUGGAGUAUCGGUGGCCGUAGCGGUGUGGUUAUCUUGAGCGGUGAUAGACAUGAGUUUGCGGCUACUAAAUUCCCGCCGCCGGAGGGAAGCCGCUGGGCCAGGGAGAAGGGACGCGAGGUUGCUGUGCACGAGUUCUCGUGCAGUCCGUUGAGCCAAUUCUACCUGCCCCUCAGGACCUACAAGCAAACCGACGAGGAGGACAUCGCCAUUAAGUACAUUCCGGAUGGAAACUCAAAGUUCGGCGCUAUCACCAUUGACACCACGAAUCAGGAACAAGCAGUACUCAAGUACCGACUUUUUGUGGACGGAGAGGAAGUGUGGAGCUGGGUUCUUACCGCACCUGCUAGGGGCAAGAAGGCGGCUGUCAAGCAGAGAGAUAGACUGUGGGCGUAGAUCUGACCACAGAAUUUUCUUUCGGGGGGUUUUCUUUCUAUGCGUCGAUUUCGGAUUGCUUCUGGUGCUUUGCUCAAGGGGUCGGAUUUGUUGUUAUUUUGGGGAUAGGGAAUUGAAAUAACCCGGUUUUAAUGAGGACUUGGCGGUGUGAUUGGGCCAGGUCGCAGUCAAUGGUGUCUUUAAACCUGCUUGGACUGUGGCAAGAAGAGAGGGUGCGAGCAGAAGGCACGCGGUGGAUGUAGGGCGUUGUCGGGUGCAGACUCGGGCCGGACUGGACAGACGGUUUCAGCUCGUCCACGGUCCGGUCCUUCAACAUUUUUGGGACCAUCAAAAAAAUAUUAAUUGCUAGUGGCGAUUUGUAUCUCAGCUCGGAUUCACUCACAUAGCUGAGUUAGCUUGCAAGCAAAAGGCAUGAG